CUGGCGCUUCAUAUACCCACCCACCGCUCUCCUCGAAGGCAUCGUCGUAUCUACGUCUACGGCGCUGCGCUCAGCGAGGCCAUGGUUCAGCGGCAUGCCAGCACAGGGUUUCUAAUCUUGGAUCAGACUCAGUGGAGGAAAGCGAAACAGCAGCUUUUCGAACAGACAUCCGGUCCGAUUCUAUUGCAGCGCUUUCGUUGGAUGUACUAAGGAUAUAAGAAAGCGGGGUCGCUGUGGGGGUUGACGGCGAAGUUCGGGAUUGCGGCUAAUGGAUUGGAGGAGACGGUUGAGAGGUAUAAUGGUGCGAUUGAGAAGGGAGAUGAGGAUCUCAUGCAUAAGACGAAUGAGUACCGGAGUCUGAUUUUGACACCGUCCUUUUAUGGGAUUGAUAUUUCGCCGCAAAGUGAGGGGACACAGGUUGUCACAGGGUUGACGCUGGGUGGCUUGCGUGUUGAUGGUAGGAGGGGGCUGUUUUUUGCUGGUGAUAGGAAAAUUGAUGGGCUUUAUGCUGUGGGUAAGACUGCCGUGGGUAUUUGCGCGAAUUCGUAUGUUAGUGGCUGGUCCCUGGCUGAUGGUGUAUUUUCUGGGAAACGGGUUGGGGAGCAUGCGGCAGAUAAGAGGAGAGAAAUGUGAAUAGUGGACAUUACGACUUGUG